UCCCAAAAUCGAAAUCAACCAAUUCAGAUUCUGCUUUCAUCACUUCUCACUCAACAGUACUACAACUGCAGCUAUCACUUCCCACUACUUAUGGAAACCUUCUUUACUAGCGACUCUGAUUUUCACUCAUGUGACACGUCUGACAAUUCGUCGGUGUCCAUCAGCAGCAGUCGUCGUGCCAUCUCAGAUGAGGAAGUAUAUGCCACCGUGGCAACUAGUGGCCCGAAGAAACGGGCCGGGCGGAAGAAGUUUCGUGAGACGCGGCACCCAGUCUACAGGGGCGUCCGGCGGAGGAAUGGGGGAAAAUGGGUAUGCGAGGUGCGUGAGCCGAACAAGAAAUCCCGUUUAUGGCUCGGAACGUUUCCGACUGCUGAGAUGGCUGCUCGGGCCAAUGACGUUGCUGCGAUGGCACUCAAAGGACGAAGGGCGUGCCUCAAUUUCGCUGAUUCAGCAUGGCGUUUGCCUAUGCCAGUAUCCAGCAGUGCGAAGGACAUACAGAAGGCUGCUGCAGAGGCUGCGGAAGCUUUCCGGCCAUCGGAAUCUGACAAUGCUUCCAACGGUGAUAUUAAUAUAAGGCCGGAGAAUCUGACGCUAUCGCAGGAGAAUGUGUUAUACAUGGAUGAGGAGGCGAUCUUUGGUAUGCCAGGAUUGCUUGCUAGCAUGGCAGAGGGAUUGUUGCUUUCUCCACCUCCAUGUCUUGGAGGUGGGUCCCAAUGGGAUGACGUGGAGAUGGAAGCUGACGUGUCAUUGUGGAGCUACUCAAUUUGAUGAGGAGUCUUGUUGCGAUUGUGUA